GUGGUUGAGUGGUGGGACGUCAUCAGCUAUCACUGUAGUUUUUACUUUCAAACUAUUAGAAAACUGGCGUAAAAACGGAGUCAUUCAUCGUUAGGGCAUGUUAAAGAACUUCUUUUAAGUUUGUUUUCAAAACAUUUAAAGCAUGUUUCAGAACUGGGGAACCUGGCUUGGAAUAGAAACCGAAAAUGGCCAAGUUAAACAAGAAAGCGAGUCUGUUGUUGAUGUUGAUGAACACCAAAACCAUGACAUGAAUAAGCCGACUGCUGGGGCUGGAGGUGAGCAGAGCAGCGCUGUGGAGGACGAUGCUCAACCGCCUCAACUCCUCCAGACAGCGAAGAGCUUCAGCGGUUACAUUUAUAAUUUCGCCAGCAGUGCUUCAAAGAAACUGUCCGAGUCCGUCGUUGAAACGGCACAAACCCUGAAGAAAAGUGUGGAGGAGGGGAAGAUCAAUGGGAUUAUUGAUAAGACCAUUUUGGGUGAUUUCCAGAAAGAACAAGAAAGGUUUGUUCAGGAGAAAAAAGGGAAAAGUUCUGGUGCUGCUGUGCCUCCAUGGGUUGGGUACAACGAAGAGGACACCAUUCAGCAACAGAUUUUAGCUCUCUCAGCGGACAAAAGAAAUUUUUUGCGAGAUCCUCCUGCUGGGGUGCAAUUUCACUUUGACUGUGAGCAAAUGUAUCCAGUCGCCAUGGUGAUGCUGGAGGAAGACGAGCUCCUUCGGAAGAUGCGCUUCCAUCUGGUUCCCAAACAGGUGAAAGAGGAAGCCUUCUGGAAGAAUUACUUCUACCGUGUGUCCUUAAUAAAACAGUCAGCUCAGCUCACAGCUUUAGCAGCACAGCAAGCUGCGGAGCGCAGAGACGUGCAGAAAACUGACACCAGUCCUGAGGCUGGUCAUCACAAGGAUGCAGUGAAAAUGAAAACUCCCGCUGCCAUCCACACUACGAAACCAAAGUCAAGUGAGGAUGAAGAGGAGAUCUCCACCAGCCCGCCUGUGUCUGAAUUUGUGAGUGAUGCUUUUGACUCAUGCAAGAUAAAUGAGGACGACCUACGCAAAGAAAUGGAGCAGCUGGUUCUGGACAAGAAGGGACAUCCAAACACACAGCAGGAGGAGACUGCUGACUGGGAGAGAGAGCUGCAGGAGGAACUUCAGGAGUACGACGUGUUGGAUGAUAAUGAGAACCGUGAUGACAACUGGGACAGGGAGAUUGAAGAGAUGCUAAAGGAGGACAGUUAGAGUACUCAUACAAAGCUCCUCCAGUCGUAACUGUUCGAUGGAGACCUUUAGCGACAGAAACAGCACAUGACUACAGAUUUAAUGUUCCCACUGGAAUGGCUCAUUACAAUAUUGGUCCUCCAAGAACUCUCAGCACAGAGAAAUAACACUGAACUUCAUUAACAUUUCAGUGUACUAUUCCUGUGGCCUGGAUAGUUUAAGGUUUUAUGAGUGCAUGUUUAGAGUCCUCCUGUUUAAAGGAAAAGGAGAUAUUGUCCUGCAUCUCCAGUUCAUAAUGUGAUAAUGUGUACGCCUCCACAGACUGUAGACUUGGGAAUUAACGACGAUGUAACUUGCUGAAUGGCUGCCACAAGUGUCAAUUAUAGGAUAAUGGUUAAUGCUGAAAAUACGGUUAAGCUGAAGCAUAACAGUGGCACAAGUAAACAGGAGUCACAAACUCAGCAAACUGACUCAGCAAUGUCUGUUACAAUAUCUGCCUAAAGUAAUUGCUACCAAUAACUAACACCAACCACCAUAAGCUACUGGUCAAACCAGACCAAAGUAAACAGCGAGUAUACUGAACUGAACAGGAUUCAGUUUUUUUUCUUUUAUUUGUGAAUUGAAUUGUUCAUUUAUAAGAGGAAGAAUGUGCUGCGUCUUUCUAGUCUCACUUUCAAGAUACAUUUUAGGCACAAAUACCAUUAUGAUGAUUUUAAGUUUAUUCUCAUGAAAACAUUCAGAUUAAGAGGCAGUGUAAGGCAGUGUGGCCCUGCUGUCUUUCUCGCCUUACUGAUGCCAGUUGUCAGCUGCAGAAAUACCAUGAACUGAAUAACAUGAACCAAGUGAGGUGAUAUUUUAGACGAUUUCAUGUGACCAGUUAAGUUUAUUUGUGGCUGUUUAUGCUAUGACUGAGCCAAACCUUUCAUAUAAAUUGAAAUGAUGGUUAUAUGUGGCACCCCAAUUAAAUAUAAUUGCUUUUAAGAGUGCAUAAGACAUGGAAUGUAAUAUUGUAUUUCACACUUGUAAUGGACCUUGGAGCUGUGUAUUUUAUCCAAAUGAUUAAAAGCACAAUUGAACAUAUAUAAAUUCUGACUUUAAAGGUCCUGUGUGUAAGAUUUAGGGGCUCUAUUUGUAGGAUUUGGGAGAAAUGGAAUAUAAUAUUAUAUGUUUUUAUUUGUGUAUAAUCACCUGAAAAUAAGAAGGAAUAAUUCCUUUAUGUCUACAGAGAGCACAGGUCCUCAUCCACAGACUCUGCCAUGUUGAACCACCAUGUUUUCUUUCUACAGUAUACCAGAAUGGAAAAAAUGCCUUAGAUAGGGUGUUUCAUGUUUUUCGCUGCCACCAUAGUUUCUAGUGUUUAUACUUACUGUAAAUGCAAACCUCAGUAUAUUGUUUUUUAAUUUUUUUUACCCUUUAACCUUAGCAUUUAUUACUAUCUAAAAUGUUUUAUUAUGCUAAUGCAUGUGAUUCUAUUGAAGUCCCCCUCCCCUCAGAAAUCAGUGUUUCUUCUUGUUCCUACAAUGUGAUGUUUGAA